GAGCGUUUAACCAUUUUUCGUUAAGUACUUCCCAUUGCACUUCUGACCUCGCAAGGCCUCAUUUCUGAACAUACGAUAAACCGGAGACACCACUCUAUUGUCUAAAUUCAUUAACCUGGAUAAUCAGACCCCUACAAUCAUUAUUUUUAUCGGGAAUUCUUUCAUUGGCUUCGAUGGAGGUUGUUGCUACACCAGAAUUCGAAACGCUUGAACCGACCCUACAGAACGUUCUCGACCAGACAUCGUUGAAAUGGAUUUUCUGUGGAGGAAAAGGAGGUGUGGGAAAAACAACGUCGAGUUGUUCGUUGGCGAUACAGUUGGCGAAAGUUAGGGAGAGUGUGUUAUUAAUUUCCACAGACCCGGCCCAUAACCUUUCUGAUGCCUUUGGCCAAAAGUUUUCGAAGGAUGCCACACUUGUAAAUGGGUUCAAGAAUUUGUAUGCGAUGGAGAUUGAUCCGACGAGUGCAAUUCAGGAAAUGGUUGAUCAGUCGGACUCGAAUGGAAUGAUGGGUUCAAUGAUGCAGGAUCUUGCCUUCGCUAUCCCAGGUGUCGAUGAAGCAAUGAGUUUUGCGGAAAUUAUGAAACACGUCAAAUCCCUAACUUACUCCGUCAUCGUCUUUGACACGGCUCCUACCGGGCACACGCUCCGCUUCCUCUCUUUCCCUACCGUGUUGGAGAAGGCGUUAGGCAAGCUGAGUACCUUGGGUUCAAGGUUCGGGCCGAUGAUUAAUCAGAUGUCUUCAAUGAUGGGCGGAGAAGCAGCUUCCCAAGAAGACAUGUUUGCCAAACUUGAGUCCAUGAGAGAAGUGAUCACCGAAGUGAAUUCUCAGUUCAAGGACCCCGAAAAAACGACCUUUAUCUGCAUUUGCAUCUCUGAAUUCCUCUCCUUGUACGAAACCGAGCGUCUCAUCCAAGAACUCACAUCAUAUGAGAUCGAUACUCAUAAUAUUGUCGUUAACCAGCUGCUAUUCCCGAAGAAAGACUCCAAUUGCACACAUUGUGGUGUCCGGCGGAAGAUGCAACAGAAGUAUCUAGCUGAAGCACAUGAACUAUACGCCGAAUUCUUCCACAUCGUUCAACUGCCAUUGCUGACAGAGGAAGUCAGAGGUCCAGCGAAGCUUGAAGAGUUUUCGAAGAUGUUAGUUGAGGGUUACGUGCCUCCGAGCGAUUGAUUACACGAUCGAGGUUACUUAGAAGAAGUAGAAAUAUGUACACGGGAUAUACGACGCAAAGAAGGUAGAAUGCAACACUUACUACUUCAGCUCUUGUUUUCAUGUCUUCCACCUCCUUCCUUCGCAUGCUCGUCUCAUGACCCUUGAAGCAUAGGAGAUAGAUUAAAUUGUCCGGGUCGCUGAACGGUAUUAGACUAGAUGACGCGGAUUUGUGCAAUAGCGAGACUCCUGUGACUUUGUUUUCCAUAGCGGCUGAGCUCCCCAAAUAUAAUAAUGAGUUGUAGGCGCUCGUUUUCUCGCCC